UAUCGCAUUUAAACGUAGUUCCAGCGGGAAAGUGCGUAGAACUUGAAAACAAAUUUCUCCAUGUUCUCCCGAACCAACACCGUACUCCUGUUCACCUUUUUGUUUUCGGGAUGCUGUUCGAGCUCAUUUUCGGGCAUCCAGCACAGAAUAGUCGGCGGCCAAGCAGCUAACAUAACACAGUACCCAUACCAAGUAUCCAUUGCGUUCGACGGGGAACAUGGAUGCGGUGGUUCGAUCCUCACCGUGAAGUUUGUCCUGUCGGCGGCGCACUGCUUUGCCUCGGAAACUAAAGGAAAACGAGUAACGGUGAGGGCGGGUUCCUCGUUCAGGACCACGGGAGGUCAAGUGGUCGCUACCAAGUCGAUCCAGACCCAUGCUAGUUUUAACGCUGAUACUUAUGACUAUGAUGUAGCGGUGCUUGAGUUGGCAUCGUCAUUGACUUUGGGCACCGGAGUAGCGACCAUCAAGCUUACAAGCGCCUCAUCUAAGAUAGCAAAUGGGCAGGUCGCUUCCGUAGCUGGAUGGGGUUUCACUUCUAACGACGGAGAGGUGUCUUAUCAGCUGCAGGCUGUGACUUUGCCACUGAUAACGACUCAGAAUUGCCGGAAAUAUUACGGAACCAAAGCGGUUACUGAUAGAAUGAUCUGCGCAGGAUACGGGGCCGGCGGUAAAGACAGUUGCAUCGGUGAUUCGGGCGGUCCUCUCGUUUCCAACGGGCUCCAGGUGGGGAUAGUGUCGUGGGGCGACGUGUGCGGGCAAGCCUCGACCCCCGGCGUUUACACCCAGAUUUCGUCCGUCUUGAGUUUUAUACAGGGCAUCGUAAAAUUCUAACGCGUUUAUUUCUCUAAGCAGUAAAGAAAUGAUCUCUGCGUUGGCCUUUUUUAUGUUUUGGAAGUGGGUGUAGUGGGUGUUUGUUGCUCUGCCGUCCUCCCAUCCCUCGGAUGAUUUCCACCAAUUCGCUCUAGAUUUUGUUUCGCUACUCAUCACGAGAUGGUAGCACAGUUUAAAUUUACGGUUUGUGGUCUCGCACGGUGAAAAUAUUUUACACGUUAAAUUCGUUAUAGUGUAUCUAGUAAGUAGUUUCAGUAGUGAUUGAAAUCUUAACAACGGCUAG